AUGUCAGAUCAAAAGUGGCAUCGAUAUCCCCGAGCUCGGGUCAGGCCCGACGGCACUAGGAGGCGCGCCCGCAAUGAACUGGCUGCCCGCAGUGCUCGCCGCAAUGCCCCUGGCAAUCAAAGGGAGAGAGCCGACACUAGGGGCCGUGCUCAGGAGAUGAAUCAGCAGCCCUGGCGACAAGCGGCCGAUCGCGAGAGCCGACAGCCACACUGGCAGAAUGCGAGGGGAGCCGACGCUCGGCCCCGGGAUCAACAUCAGGACUGGUACUACGACGAGGAGGACGAAGACGUUGAAGACUACCAGUUUGACACCAGUGACCGGCACGAAGUACAUGCGACGGAAGACGACGAGGGCUACCUCAAGAUCUGGUGGCAGGGAGAAUGGUGGUUCCGGCAGAAACCACCUGACCCACCGGCAUCGCCAAAGAAGAGGCAGCAGGCUAGCAGCUCGAGCGAGCAAAGGAGGCCUACCACAGAGGGAGCCGUUCCUCCGGCCCCUGCCCAGCAUGUCUCCGAGGGCCUCAAGCAGUUCGUCCCCCCUGCCCGAGACAGUGUGCCUCCACAAUCCUUGAGAGCCAUGCGUGAAAAAUGGAACCUGCUGGACAUCAUCGAAGAUGACAUCAAUGUCCUGCGCAAGAAGAAGGUCGCCCUCAUGUUCAAAAAUUUCUUCGAAAUGGGGCACUUCGUCAAGCAUCAUGAAGACUUCCACCACUCGGAGUCCCUGAAGAUCAUCCCGGCCGCAGGCAACUGGAACCUUGCGUUUGUCAUGUGCCUGAUUUCCAGAGACAAGCUCAACUACGCGAACCACUCCACCUUCGGCACGGCAGUGGAAUGCUGGUUAUGGAGCCUGUCCAAAGAUGCGGACUUCGAGCCCAUCCUCACCCAGUUCGCCGGCAUGCUGCACAGCGUAAUCGCACUGUUUGAGGGAGAUGAUGAGCAAAUUGUCCGAGUGGCAAUUCAGGACCAAACCAGCCAGGACAGUAGAGAUGAUGACAUGCCGGACAGGACCUCCAAGCACAUGGGAUACACGGCUCCUGCAACCCGGACUGCCGAGCUGACUUCAUCUGAUGCCUAUGUGGAAAUGGAGGUUGACUACCCUACGGGGCAAACGCCACCAAAUCAAUCUGGCAGCAUCCCCCACUCCCCGCGCAGGGUCGAGAGAUACAACAUCUACACGGAGACGACCUACGCCAGCAGCGAUGGCACCUCUCUGCCCACGCCAGCACGCGAUUCGGCCCCCUUUGGGGAGCCGACGAAGCUCUACUGGAAACUGGACCAGUCUCUCUCCAAAAGACUGUCAGUUGUUCUGAGGCACGACUCUGAAGACUUCGGCUUGACGUUCGACGAGGCCGGGUGGACCAAGGUGUCAGACCUUUUACGCACCUCCAUCAUGAAGGAGAAGGGGGCAACCCCCAACUACAUCCGCUCGGUGGUCUACUGGAACGACAAGCAACGCUUCGCGCUCGAAUGGCGCGGUGCCGAUCUCUACAUCAGGGCGGUUCAAGGUCACUCCAAGAAAGGACUACGUGAUGAAGCGGUCAUGCGGCCCCUUGGGGAUGCCGAGUUGCCGGAGUACGUCCUCCAUGCAACCAACUGGGACUUCUAUGGCUCGAUCUUGGCGAAGGGCAUCAUCACGGGAGGCCUCUCCCAGUCCCGGACACACAUUCAUUGCGUUUCCGUAGACAGAAGUGAAUAUCGGAAUUACCCCGCGCAUUGUGACAUCGCAAUCAUUCUCUCCCCGAAAGAAUCGGGGGCCCUUUGGUUCCGUUCAAUGAACGGCUACUACUUAACCCGGGGUGCCGAUGGCAAGCUGGCCCCGCAUUGUAUAAAGGCCGUCAGGAUCCUGGCAUCGGGAGAAGAAGUUUUUGGCUCAGAGGGGCCACCGGCUGCUGAUGUCGUCAUGCAGGCCAUUGUUCGGACUAUGAUCGACGAGAUGUCCCAGACGCACAUCACCGAGCCGCGCUGGUCCCAAGUCCAGCGGCUGGGCCCCAAGCUUUCGAAGUCUUUUCUGGAUGUGGAUUCUUAUCCUUUGUGGCAACACGUAAUCACCAUAACAGCAUCGGGUGGAUUGCCAAGAGAUCGCUGCGACGAGCUCGCGCACGAGCCUAUGCCACAGGCGGCCUGGCAAGAACUCAUGUCAUGGUUAAGUGAGAAACCAGAUGACUUUGACAUCGUGUUCGUGCAGGAAACACACUGGAAACAGGAGGGGUGCCGCACUUUCUCGUCCGGCCCCUGGUUCGUCGUCUCCUCAGGGGCUACAGGCAAAGACAAAUGCUCAGGAGUUGCCACUCUGAUCCAUCAAAAUGUCUGCAAGCAAGAUAAUGUUAGCUACAGGGUUCUUAGGCAAGGCAGAGUACUCUCGGUUCGACUGCAUCACCCGCAGAACGGCUCGGAUCUUCUGAAUGUCUACCAGCAUGUGUGGAGGACAAACAUUGACAAAGCCGAGAACCUGAAAGCUCGGGCCUCAAUCUGGGAUGCGAUACGGUCUAGCAUCAUGAAGAGUCCACAACGGAACGACUUGAUUAUUGCGGGAGACUUCAAUUGCUCCAUCAAAACCUCGAGGGGAUUGAUAGGUAGCGCCGUUGUUGCCAAAGUAGAGGGAUCGCCUGACGAAGAUGACUUUCUGGGAAUACUCCAGGUGGAUGAGAUCAUGAAAGAACACUUGCAAACCGUCUACCCUCCCGAACCUGAAGUUGACAACCGCGUUUCGCAGAAUCCGCAGUUUAAGCACACCGCGAAAGAGAUGUGGGCUAAGUACAAGGAAUGGAAAUCCACCAAAGCGAACAGCUUAAUCGAAACUCUCCGGAAAUGGAAAAAGUACACCGAGUUUCGCGUGGCCUCUAAAGCGAUGAAACAAACUGCCAAGAAAAUCAAACGCGAAAAGCUGCAGGCUGUCGCUGAGGACCCACAAGUUGCUGCCGCUAAGGGCGAUCAACGGAAGGUAGCCAAAACGCUGGAGCCCAUCCUGAUGCGAUCCUGGGGGGAGGUUAAAUGCGCAGGAGGCAUAUGCUUCUCCCUUGACCUAGAGGGGGCGUUCGACAAUGUCCCUCGCACUGCCCUUGCCACUAGCCUGAGACGCCUAGGGGUCUCCGAAACGCUGGUGCAACUCCUUAUGCAGUUCCAUUUCGAGGCAAGGUAUCACUGCUCAGUCGGCGUUCAUGAGGACCACGUCACGACCACACGAGGCAUCAAACAAGGCUGUACGGUCGCGCCGUAUUUGUUUGUGGCACACACAAUUGCUAUCAUUGACACACUAGCGGAGCGCCUAGGCUGGGACUGGGUAACGCAGCUGUUCACUUUUUACGCCGAUGACGCAUUAGCUGCAUGGACGUUAAAAAGCGCCGAAGACCUUCAGGGUGCCAUUGGCGGCAUCCAAAAAGUCGUGCAAACCUUUAACGACCACGGUAUGACUCUCAGCGCAACCAAAUCGGUCGUGCUGUGUCACGCCAAGGGAGCAGAUGCAAUUAGGAUCUUGCAGAAACUUAAGGUCUUUAAGGACAAACUCCCACACCUUGCCUUCAUGCAACACGGCGAGCAGAUUCUGAUCCCCCUCAGGAAAACACAUCAGUACCUAGGUACCGUCAUUUCCUAUAGAGAUGCCCAGGAGAAAACUGUUCAGCUACGUAUGCGUAAGGUACCAAAUCUGGAGAGCCGGGGUGUGGAGCUCAGCAGCGCACGGGCUACUGGCGGUGGGUGUUAG